CGCAGGAAGGCUCAGUGCCGUCCUGGAAAGAGCCUCUCGCGAGUCGCGCUUUCGUGCCCUCUUCGACCCCGGCAAGCCCCGCGAACCGCCCUCGAGGAACCUCCCUCUCUACCCCCGUGAUCGCUCUCGAAUUCGGGCCCCCCUCGCCCUAGAAACCGCCCCCGAAACCGCCCUCGAAACCGUCCUCGACGAUGGUAUGUUCUAUCGAUGAAAUCGCCGACGAGCUGCCCGCGGAGCAGAUCGCUGUUCUGCGCAAGGCCUUCGACAGCUUCGACAGGGAGAAGAGCGGAAGCAUCCCCACCGACAUGGUGGCCGACAUCCUCAGACUGAUGGGUCAGCCCUUCAACAAGAAGAUCCUCGACGAGCUCAUCGAGGAGGUCGAUGCCGACAAAUCCGGCCGACUGGAGUUCGAGGAGUUCGUCACGCUGGCGGCCAAGUUCAUCGUCGAGGAGGAUGCCGAGGCUCUGGAAAAGGAAUUGAGAGAGGCGUUCAGACUGUACGACAAGGAAGGAAACGGAUACAUCCCCACCACCUGUCUGAGAGAGAUCCUCAGGGAGCUGGACGACCAGCUGACGGACGAGGAGCUCGACAUCAUGAUCGAGGAGAUCGACUCGGACGGUUCCGGCACCGUAGACUUCGACGAAUUCAUGGAGAUGAUGACCGGAGAAUAGUCCCGUAGUCCGAGGAGGAAGAUACGUCCUGGCCGUGCCGACCGGAGACGAGGUGGCCCUCCGGGAAGCCCCUGCGUCGGGACCGGGGAUCCCUCGGGAAUCGUCGGGGUCAUCCGGUGCUCGCGUCGUUCGGGACGACCAGGUUGCCGGAGAGUUGCUCUCGUUGCUUGUCGCGGCGUAGCCCCGUCCUCGGCGGCUCCUGUCCGCUCCCCUUUCGUAUACGUGCCACUAAGGUUUACUACCACUUAAGGUCUCUCGCUACGUGUUAAACUUACACCGUGCUUGCUGAAUUUUUCAUGGACAGCAUUUAUUGUUAUUAAUAAAACUCACAAAACGUCC